AUGGAACUACUGAAGGAUGAGGAUGGGGAGCUGGUUGGGCUGACCCUCUCUGUGCUCAGCAAGAUGCUCCAGGACAACAAAGCGGCAAUUGCCAUCCCCAUUGGUCUGCAGCUGGCUGAGGCGCUCCGGCCACUCAUUGACAGUGACACCAGCCAAGUGCAACUUCACUGCAUUUGCCUCUUUCAAGAGACGAUAGUCUACCUAAAGAAAGAGGGAAAAGAUUCCCUGAAGAAGUGUGUGUGCCAGAGUCUGCUGCCACUCUUCUACCACCUGUAUGAUGAGAACUGGCGUGUGGCAAAGUGGUUGAUAUCUUCUGGCCUGACUGGCUACCCUCUGGCCAAGAGGCUUUCCCUGGCAAGUCCCUCUAUGCUCCUUCCUUCCAAGCCGUUGCCUCCCAUUCAGAAGAGCUCUCCUUCUACCAAGACCAGCCAGAUAUUCAGCGGAGAGCAGGAGAAUGGGAAAAAUGGCAACAGCUAUGAUGAGAAAAGUAGAAAAAUACAGGAGCUGAGUUCAGAGGGAACAGGAUAUAAGACGUCCUUGCUGUAUUCCAGUGGGGAGGAUAUGAAGAAGGGGUCAUUGGGACCACCUUUGAUCCCCCCCAUACGCAAGGCAGUAAGUCCCCCUCUUGGCAGUGCUGCGGGGUCUCUGCAAAGCUCUCUGCAGCUGGAAUUCCAGGAGUCCCAGGAGACGAGCCCAACAUGCAGCAGCAGAAGCAAGGAGGAGAAGUGUGAACAUGCAGGCGUGACUAGUUCCUUUUUUUCCAAGUCUUUCCGGCGGUAUCCCUCUUCACUCCUUCCCUCCAAGCCAUUGCCUCCCAUCUCGAAGAUCUCUCCUUCUUCUAACACUAAUAAAAUGUCUGUUGUGGAGAAAGAGAAUAAGGAAACUGGCACUGGCUAUGAUGACGACUGUAGAAAAAUCCAGGAGCAGAGUUCAGAAGGAAAAAGUUAUAAGACGUCCUUGCUGUAUUCCAGUGGGGAGGAUAUGGAGAAGGGGUCAUUGGGACCACCUUUGAUCCCCCCCAUACGCAAGGCAGUAAGUCCCCCUCUUGGCAGUGCUGCGGGGUCUCUGCAAAGCUCUCUGCAGCUGGAAUUCCAGGAGUCCCAGGAGACGAGCCCAACAUGCAGCAGCAGAAGCAAGGAGGAGAAGUGUGAACAUGCAGGCGUGACUAGUUCCUUUUUUUCCAAGUCUUUCCGGCGGUGUCCCUCUUCACUCCUUCCCUCCAAGCCAUUGCCUCCCAUCUCGAAGAUCUCUCCUUCUUCUAACACUAAUAAAAUGUACGUCGUGGAGAAAGAGAACAAGGAAACUGGCACUGGCUAUGAUGACGACUGUAGAAAAAUCCAGGAGCAGAGUUCAGAAGGAAAAAGUUAUAAGACGUCCUUGCUGUAUUCCAGUGGGGAGGAUAUGAAGAAGGGGUCAUUGGGACCACCUUUGAUCCCCCCCAUACGCAAGGCAGUAAGUCCCCCUCUUGGCAGUGCUGCGGGGUCUCUGCAAAGCUCUCUGCAGCUGGAAUUCCAGGAGUCCCAGGAGACGAGCCCAACAUGCAGCAGCAGAAGCAAGGAGGAGAAGUGUGAACAUGCAGGCGUGACUAGUUCCUUUUUUUCCAAGUCUUUCCGGCGGUAUCCCUCUUCACUCCUUCCCUCCAAGCCAUUGCCUCCCAUCUCGAAGAUCUCUCCUUCUUCUAACACUAAUAAAAUGUCUGUUGUGGAGAAAGAGAAUAAGGAAACUGGCACUGGCUAUGAUGACGACUGUAGAAAAAUCCAGGAGCAGAGUUCAGAAGGAAAAAGUUAUAAGACGUCCUUGCUGUAUUCCAGUGGGGAGGAUAUGAAGAAGGGGUCAUUGGGACCACCUUUGAUCCCCCCCAUACGCAAGGCAGUAAGUCCCCCUCUUGGCAGUGCUGCAGGGUCUCUGCAAAGCUCUCUGCAGCUGGAAUUCCAGGAGUCCCAGGAGACGAG